GAGGAGGAAAAGGUAUCUUUGUACGUCGCGGGGUUCAACUUGGUGCCGAUGUUCUCGGGGAUUGGGAUAGCGCUCCUAGAGAUGAAAAAGAAGACGGCCAACCCCUUGAAGCCAGUCAGUGAUGCGAAAGGGGUCCUGUGGCGGGCCAGACACACUCACCGUGAUGGCAAACAGAAGAUAUCGCAAUGGCCCUAUAGCCAUGAUGUGAAGGGCACUGCGCUGUGCCGAAGCGUCGGUGAGGAGGUGGGAAAAGCAAUGCUUGGUUGCGCAGGGCUGAAUACGGGUGCCUGUUGCGCAGUGUCGGAGAACAAAGGAGGACGGAGUGUGAGGAUCAGAAUGCUAAUGCUGAUGAAGUUGACAAACGAAUGACGGACAGCUAGUGUGUAAGGAAGGAAGAAAUCCCGAGAGAUGGGGGCCUCUCUCGAUCUAGGCAGUUGUGACAGGCCCGGUGAGAAAUGCGCCUCCCAGAUAUUCUUGGGGAAUCUAUGGGCGAUCGGUAACGACGAUGCAGAUGAUGGACCCGCGGCGCAUCAGGCAAAGAUUAAAGUUAGUUGGCAAUUCGGGGCACUGGUUGUCGAUCCUGACCACGGCGCUCGUGCUUCCCCAACCGUUCUUUAUUAGAAAAAGUUUGAGACUGGACGAAAAUAUUUAAGGAGAUCGGAGGUCAAAUGUGGGAAAAAAGGCAGAUGUCAACAAAGCGCCAGCGUACGUUGGCAGUCUAACCUAUUCGCUCCGGUAUGGGUGAGGGCGACGUAAUUUCCCCCAUUGGUGGCCGGGCCACGUACGUCGCACCGAUUUUGAGCCACCCAGUGGAUGCGUGAGAUAAGAAAAGUAUACAUUCUGACAUUAAAUUCCUACAAGGAGGAAACUUUUACUCUUUCGUAGGGAGGGGUCUAUAUCAGAAAAGACGGCAAGGAAGGGAUGCGAUCGAUGUUUGGAGUGUAUCAGUCCAUCUGGCUGGGCGUCGAUCCCAUCCUGCCUUGGGGUUGGGGACCACCCAUAGGGCGUGAUGGAUCUGGUCUUAAGAGGUCAAAUAAUAUACUACAUGCAAAGCACUGCCCCGGAUACUUCAUGAAGUAGACAACGAUCCGUGUACUCCGAGGGCUUUAAGAGUAUG